GUCCCUCCGCGCAGCCUACCUGGCUGCAGGCGACGGCCGGCGGAUUACCCUAUUACCAAUUACCUACCUGCACGACCGCCGAUCGUGUUGAUCGAUCGACCCGCGCCGCAUGCAGGCAUCCUACCUCCGUUCUGCACACACGUACGGCACAUACUCACGUCAUGUGUGAAUCCGUUCUCGUGCUGCGUGUGGCUGGGAACGGCCGCCUGCAGCCGCCGAGCCACAUCCACCUGAGUCAGACUCGGGCCAGUGCUGAGCCAGCGCAGGUAGACGAGCACCGCACGGCGCUGAUAACAGGCGAGAAGUGAAAAGCGACAGUGCGACUUCCGAUCACGUCAGUAGUGCGCCCGCCGCCCAGCCAGAAAAAGAACGACCUCGACAGUCACCCAACACCCAGUCACCCUAGAGCUCGCCGCCCGCCGCGCGACAGCCAUCAUUAGUUCGCCGCCUGAGCCCGUGAUCAGAACAACUCGCAACGUCGAGCGGAAAAGACAGUGUCGCACGAGAGCAUCUCCAGGAAAAGUGAGGGAGUUUCCGUGUCUUCCGCAGGACAGUGUGUGACCGUAGAGUACUCGCGUGACUCGUCCAGUGCAUCCGCUGCAGGAACGCUGGCAGAAAGUGAAAGUGAAUCGACUCAGUGUGAUUAACGGACCUCCAACCCUUAGCGUGAUAAUUUCGGAAAAUUGAACUUAAUUGACUUUUGUGUGAUUUAGUAUGAAAAUGGUAACGGGAAUUGGUGCAGUGCAAACCGCGCACGCCGCCAGCAUGAUGGCCAGUGCCGCAGGAUCCCAGAUUCCCCUCAAGGAGCCGGUUAAGAGCGACCGACGGAGCAAUAAGCCUAUCAUGGAGAAAAGACGUCGCGCCCGCAUCAACAAUUGCCUAAAUGAGCUGAAAACUCUCAUCCUAGACGCCACCAAGAAAGACCCGGCGCGACAUUCAAAACUGGAAAAGGCCGACAUCCUUGAGAAAACAGUCAAAUACCUGCAAGAUCUCCAACGACAACAAGCAGUCAUGUCCCAGGCCACGGACCCCAAAGUUGUGAACAAAUUCAAAGCAGGCUUCACGGAAUGCGCGAACGAAGUAAGCCGCUUUCCAGGAAUCGACCCGGUUGUGAAACGUCGCCUCCUCCAACAUCUAAGCAACUGCAUCAACGGCGUUAAAACGGCAGAUCUACACCACAGUGCUCCUAGUCCUCAAACCGUGGUCCCAUCUGUCCAGGUUCACAUGCUUCCAUCGCCACCCAGUUCCCCGGAACAGGACCAACAAAUGCAUAGCGUACCAAAUCAAGCUGCCGCCCUCCAUCCCAACGGAUACUUCCUAUCGAAUGGGUUGCAAGUCAUUCCGACCAAGUUGCAGAACGGAAGCUACGCUUUGGUUGUGCCGCAUUCAGUACCUCAAUCUGCCCAAAUACCGACGCUCGUCCCAAUCCCAAGCAGGACUUCGUCAACAAGCUCAGCAGCUUCCGCCCCUUGCUCGAUCUACGAACGCAUGACCAGUGGAUCACCUGCCGCAGCCUACACCCCGCCCAGCCCUGCAACCUCGUACGAAAUGAUGGAUUGCAAACCUUCAGUGAUACAACACGGUUCCUCGUCAAGCAGCCCGCACCUCCACUAUGCACAUGUCCCGCAGUCGUACAGCCCAAGUCCCGCCCCCCUCUCACUCGUCAUCAAGAAGGAGCGGGACGAGGACCAGCCCUGGAGGCCGUGGUAAACUCAGACCCCAAGAGCGAAUGUAUUAUAUAAUCUUAAGUCGGUACUUAUGAGAACGAGCACGCUGCGAUAUCCAAAUGUAGGAAACUAGGACGCAUUCGGCAAGAAUGCAUGCUGCACAGAACUGACUGCAGACCAAAUUCAAGGCGGAGAGCCGACUUCACAUCCUGCCAGGCCCCAACCAGGCUGAACCUCUGCUUGAAGCGAAUGCAGCGAAAGCUACGAAUAAGAUACAAACAAAACUCAAAAACAAGGAAGCUGUGAGAAAAACGUGACGCUUGGAAUUAGUGAGAUACAAAUCUUUUACCAGUCUACCGUUAACUAAGUAUAGAUCGCUGUAAAUAUCUUAAAUCUUAAUGAAAAUGUCGAGCCAGUAGAUUAACUAGAGAUUAAGCCUAGGUACCUCAGAGACGAUGUAGUCCUUAGAAUUUUGUACAUACGCACAUGCGAGCGAGAAUUAAUUUAUAGAGAAGGAGACAAUUGAUUGCACUUGACAAGUGACAAUGCAACAAUGGCAACGUUUUCACUAAGUCUUCCACUAGCGCGUUGAGAAUGCACAGUAGUUUGCAUUGUAAGUGUAAUUUUUACAAUAAAAAGUCGCACCAUAUUGGACAUCCUGUCAAAGUAUAAUUUUCAUAAAAUUAGAUUGGAAUGGAUUCAACUUGAUUUCGUAAUGUUAUUUUUAUAUCCGACAUUUUGGCCGUGAAAUGUAACACUUCUGUUAUGACUGAUAUGUGAAACGUGAGAAACUUUAGAUCGUACGAUUUACAAACAGAAAAUAUUUAAUAAAAUUAUGCAAGAACCAUAUAUACCCAUA